AUGGCUUUGGACUUACAUGCUGCUAUGGUUACCCUCCGACACGGCAUCCGCGAUUUGGACCGCGGCAAGGUGGAAGCGAACAGGGCAAGCUGUGGGGCUCGCGGUAAGCUAGGCUUGAUUGAAGCUGGGUGUGCCGCGAAUCCGAGGAUUGCGCGGCAGCCUGGGAGGGCGAGCGAGGGAGAUUCGGUGAGGCUUGGUGUGGGAGAUGGUUUGAAGCGCGGUGGUUUUGGGCGGCGUGGUGGUGGCUGGAGCGCGGCGGUUCUAGUGAGGGGGGAAGUGGCUGGUGAAGCGGCGAUGGAGGAUGAAAGUGGAGGAGCCAAGAGGAUGAAAGUACCAAACGGAAUAAAAAUGGAGAACCAAGAGAGGGGAGUUACCUCAAACGCGUGA